AUGGAGGGUUCGCGACGGCUGCAGGGACAGUCUAUAGGAGUUUUUAACGAAGGAAUUGGAUUACUUCUAUGUCGCUGGUCGGCUCUUCGAACCGCUGUUGAGAACGAAUGGGGUGGCCGUGAGUCUCGCGUCAAAGCCGAUCAACUUGCCAGCGAUAUUCUUUCAUGGUUCACUCAAUCCAAAGAGCCACUUUAUAUUGAUGACUUAGAAGACAUAUUGGAUCAAGGUAUGCUUUCUCUCAACGUGGAGGUCGAAGAUGGCAGCGUUGAAGAGGUAGCUGAAAAACUAUUGAUUAUGCACGAAGAAUUCUUAGACGGAAAUUUUAGUUCCUUUGAAAAUCUCAGGAAAGCCAAUCUUGAGCAAACAGCCCGUCCUCACGUGGCACAGAUUGUAAAUGAUGAUGAAGACGACACAGAUGAAGAUGGCGAUAAUGAUGAAACCAUGAUUGUUGAUGAUAAUUCUUCAAACAUGAAUCAAGAGAUUCCCGUACCUGAUUCAUACAAUAAUUCAGUUAACGGGCCCCUGCCAAAGGUUUCAGAUGAAGCCGAUGAUGGAUGGGUUGUAGUUUCCAACAGAAGAAAUAAGGAUAAGAAAAAAUAG